AUCUCCAGCAAGGGUUCGGUGUCGGAUACCGGGGGCUCGGAUGCGGACAGAACAUCUCAGCGGCUCCGCUAUAAAACUUCGCUCUCGGAACUUCUUCUGCAUUUUUAUGUCCAGGGUUUGACGAAGAAUCCAAGGCAAGGUGCCCUGGGAAUUUGGAAUGGGAUCGACACCCAUUGGUACCAAACAUAUCAUCCAUACAUCUCUUCAUGCUUUUCUGGCAACCUAUCUCAUCUCAACCAAUUUCAACCGAAACACUCGCUGCCCAUAAAACUUCUAAUAAGAGUUUGAAAAUCCACCUGUGCACCUAACCAACUCAAACUUUUCCCAAACCAACUUCAGGUAUUCACUUAGUGGUUCACUAUGGAAAAUAUUCACUAUGGUCACGAAACGCUUCUGUAUCACCACCACCAAACAUCGUAUCAUCACCAAUACAGCCAUCCUUACGAAAGGAAUGUCUUUGAGCCUCUUAACCAGACCUACGGACGUCGGUCCCUCCAGCAUGAAGGGGGCAAAACGACGAGGAGAAGGAGAAAACCAAAGUGCCCGACGCAACAGGUCCGACAGAGACAGGCUGCCAACCUGAGGGAAAGGAAGAGAAUGUCGUCUAUCAACGAUGCCUUUGAAGGACUUAGGGAACACAUCCCAACCUUGCCUUACGAGAAGAGACUGUCCAAGGUGGAUACCUUGAGACUGGCCAUAGGAUACAUCAAUUUUCUUGCAGAGAUGAUCGAGAACGAGGGUGCAGAGCUCGAGUCGCCGGCGACAACUCCAGAGGAAACGCAGAAGAAAGUUAUCAUCUGCCAUCGAGGAUCGCCAACACCGCUAGACAACGAGUAUGGCGUCACACCCCUCGCUGGCCACUCCCUCUCCUGGAGCCAUGAAAAGAAUACCCAACCAGGCCCAAAUGGCACUAUGGUCGCCAAGGUGUGGACGCCGGAGGAUCCCCGACAGUCUUCCUCCGAUUCGCCGUUGUCGACCGGCAGCAUCUGCCAGAACUCGUCACCCUCGAGUUCUUUCGAGUCGUACGACUACGAUGAAGGCGUGACGACGUUGGCCGAACUCACGAUAGCUCAGCAACUCACCCCUAUCCAUCAUCACCUAGAAGAAAGAUGUCACUGAAUGCUAAACGAAAUUAUUAAGUCCCUAAAGACAAGCAAUUUCUUAACAUAUUCAUAUUCGUCUCAUAUCCUUUUCCCAAUCCAUAUUUUUUAGUUGUCGACUUCUGCAACUCAAUAAGCAUGAUAAGCAGAAUCCCGUGGGUUAUUUUAUGAAAUGACUUGUCGGAUAGAACAUUCGAUGUUUUAUCCGACUUCGCCGGUUUUUAUCUGACAGUGACCAAAGAAACUAUCAGAUACAUGCAUGGCAUGUUUUUCUCAAUCAAUCAAAACUUUUUUUAUUCAUUUUUUUAUAGAUCGGACAUCUUGUCAGACGACGAAUGUUGAUGAUAAAUCCUUCUGACUUAAACGUGUUUGUAGAGGAAACAUUCACCAGAUUUAUACACUAUUUAACAAUUGACGCAUCUUUUUUUAUUGUUCCUAAUUUUCAUCAUUGAAUUGAAAAGUGAAAUAUUCAAGAAAAAUCGAAAGAAAUUGUAUUUUUUUUAGACACGACACAGCUUUUUAUCAAUAUUUCAGAAUAAUAUCCCGUGCGAAUAGCACGGAUUAAGUAUUUUACAGCAACUCUUAUAUUAGAGAUUAUAUUAAUACAAUCAUUGUUGAUUGAAUAUUUUCGUUCCAUUCAAAAAACACGUUUUCAUUUAUUUUCAACACGAUUCUGUGGAAAUGAAUAUAAUAAGAAAUAACCCCCCUAAAGCAGAAGAAUAUACGGUGAUAUUUUAUCAUUCUCCAAUAUUAUUGAUUACCUAUUACUCACCAUCUUGAAAUUGAUAAUCACAAGUCUUCCUAUUUUCUACGCAUAUCAUACUCGAAUAAAGAGUAUUCGAUUUUUGUUACGUAUGCUUAUGAACGAUUUAGCCUGAUAAAUCCUUAAAUCAUUUUGCACUCAAUAUUUCGGAGUCGUUAUUCCAUAGGCAAACUCAAAUUAGUAUGAUAAUGUGUAAACAAGAGUGUUAAUUAUUUCACUCCUUCCAUUAAAUGACCAUUCCUUUGAUCAAUAUUUGACAAUUUCUUUGCAAAUUCAAUUGCUGUCAAUUUUGCUUAAAAAACAAUUAGUUCAAAGAUUGCAUAGCCAUAUUACAAAUGCACCGUCCCAAAUUUCAAAGGCAAACAACUCUUUUUUGUACCACAUAACUCGCCCUCAUUUUUUAAACAACUUGCAUCUGACUAAUUUUAUUCUAUUAGUGCACCAUGUGGGUAGCACAAAACCAAAUGAGUCAUAUUAUCAUAAAUAUUUUAUCUUAUUUUUUUCAUUUCAAUAUAGGAUCAGUUUGAUGGGCAAAUUGGCAUAUUUUACUACUUUGAUGAUUACAAUAACACAAAAGGAAGUGGAUUAAACACACUUUUUGAAGUAAAUAAAAACACUAUUCGAACGUACCUCUUCAAGUAGGAGCCCAACUCGUAUUGUUAUAACUCAAACAUUUUUUAAACAAAAAAUAAAACUCUAUUUAUUGUGUCACUUAAGUUUGUUGACAACCAAACUCGAUGCAUCCUCAACUCCAGAACAAAACAUACUUUGUUCAUCAUCUUAAGAUUGUAUGAUGUAUCUUCGUUCGUAACCUAAUCUCAAGAUUAUAUUCGUUGAAGUAUAGAGUAAGGAAAUAUGUUUCCUUAUAUUUUGUUCACAUCGUGCCUUCUUUGUAUAAAUAUCAUAUUUUUCUUUGUCUAUAGAUGGAGUGCGGUAUUGUAUAUAAUUAUGAAAACUAUUGUACAUAGCAAAUUAUUAAUAACUCAAACUUAUAUUGUGCUGUUUUUUUUUCGUUUGAUACAUUACUGUGUGAACGUGUGCAUACUAAUAUGCCCUCAAAAUAUGUAAUAAAACAUAGAUAAAACUCAUUUUUUAUGUAAUUUUGAUAUGGAUCAAAAAAUUUCGUGAAAAUUGAAAUUUCUUAUUUCACUUUUGAAAGAAGUGUUAACAACAUUUUCUUUAAAAUGGAAACUGGUUUCGAAGUUAAUUGUUAUUACUUAACAAAUAUAAAAUAUAUGAUUCAAAGUUAAUACAAUAUAAAAAAAUAAUGUUUAUAUUCAUGAACGUUUAUCAAACUUAUACAGUUUACUUAAUGAAUAUCCAAACGUAGAUUAUCGGUUAUAAUUAGUAUUCAAUCUUUAAAAAUUAACUUAGUAAUAAUUAAUUGACUUAAUCUUAACUUAGGCUGAGUUUGUAAAGAUUUUCUGUCUUAUAUUUGUUUGUGAGUUUCUGGUCGGAAAAUGUGCAAUAUUUGCUGUCCAACCUGUAUUUUUAAGAUGGCUCAAAAAGAAUGUAUAUACUUUUAGAUGUUAGACGUAUACAUUUCUGAAUUUCCGAAUGACAUAAUGAAUAAAAAAAGAUGAAUUUUCAAAACAUUCCAAAAUUAUCAUACACAUUCCAAAUCAGCAAUUGAGAUAUAGAUUUGAUAACAUUAUUUAUGAAUCAUAUAUUGUGCGUUUCUUUGAUGAAAUGUCCAUAUUAGGAGCAUAAUUGAGACAAUUUCGAUUAAUUUGUAUCAAAUUAUUUACAAUCAACAUUCCAGAACGACAGAUACUCCAUGUUUAUUGUGUGUCUUCAUUUUUUGUCGGGUUUUGCUUGCUUGGAGUUUGUUUAUGAAAUUACUCUGAUUUUCUGUAUAUGUAUUAACUCAAUUCUGUUUCAUGUUGGAAGAAACAAUUAUAUCUCUUUUCUACUGUUAAACAACCCCUUUUUUGAAGAAAUAAAAUCCUACUCUCAACUA